CUUGUUCUCACUUCUUUAAACUUUAUUGUGAAGAAUCGUGUCAUUUUGCAAAAAAUGACUAAGUAUGUGCGUAUCGAUGGAAAAGAAUAUCUGAAUAUGGCAACCUCNUUGGUUCCCGAUUCUCCACAAGAUCACCCCGUCCUAAACCCAAAAUUCGCUGAUGGAAAAAUGACUAAGUAUGUGCGUAUCGAUGGAAAAGAAUAUCUGAAUAUGGCAACCUCAAACUUCCUCGGUUUUGUGGGUGAAAAACGGAUUGAGGAGCGUGCCAAGAAAACCAUACUCAAAUACGGUGUUGGUUCUUGUGGUCCUCGUGGAUUCUACGGGACUGUAGAUGUUCAUCUUGAGCUGGAGGCAGAUUUAGCGAGAUUCAUGGGGUGUGAAGAGGCUGUGCUUUAUAGCUAUGGUUUUGCAACCAUAGCAAGUGCUAUCCCAGCUUAUGCAAAGCGAGGCGACGUAAUCUUUGUCGACAAAGGCGUCAACUUUGCCAUCCAAAAAGGGCUUCAGGCAUCUCGUAGUCGUGUAGAAUGGUUUGAACACAAUGAUGUGAAUGAUCUGGAACGGCUUUUGAAAGAGCAAGAACUUAGAAACAAGAAGGAUCCGAAAAAAGCUGCAAGUACCCGUCGUUUUAUCGUGAUUGAAGGGUUGUAUGCUAAUACUGCAGAUCUCUGUCCUCUACCUCGUAUAAUGGAGUUGAAAUGGAAAUACAAGGUUCGUGUAUUCAUUGACGAGAGCUGGUCCUUUGGCGUGAUUGGUAACACAGGAAGAGGUAUGCCUAUUUAUAUUAGUAUUAGAACUAUUUACUUACAAUAUAUACAUUGCCACCUCUAUAUUGAGGCCGACAUGUGGGAAUUCAAACCGGAGGUGUACCUACGAGGGCUCUAG